UACUAAAAUCGGCUGCAUAGCAUAUACAUACAAAGUUAUAUGUUUUAAUCAACUUGCUCGAUCAGUUCUGCCACCCAAACCCAGAAAGAAUAGAACCACCUCCAGAGAAAAAUAUUCAAAGAUGUCUAGCGUUAAGGAGUUAGUUGAAUCUAAGUGUCUGAGUUCUGUUCCCUCCAACUACAUUUGCCUUGAAAAUCCCGAAGAUUCUAUAUUGAAUUAUGAAACAGAUAAUAUUCCAACCAUUGAUUUUUCCCAACUCACCUCUUCUAAUCCCAGUGUACGCUCCAAGGCAAUCAAACAACUAGGAGAUGCUUGCCGCGAUUGGGGUUUCUUUAUGCUAAUCAAUCACGGUGUGUCGGAGAUACUAAGGGAUGAGGUGAUUAGGACAAGCCAGGGCUUUUUUGAUCUGACUGAGAAAGAAAAAAUGGAGCACGCAGGAAGGAACCUAUUUGAUCCAAUAAGAUAUGGGACAAGCUUCAAUGUCACGGUGGACAAGACCCUUUUCUGGAGAGAUUAUCUCAAAUGUCAUGUUCACCCUCACUUUAAUGCUCCUUCCAAGCCUCCUGGUUUUAGCCAAACUUUAGAGGAAUACAUUACCAAGGGCAGGGAACUGGUUGAAGAGUUGCUAGAAGGAAUAUCUCUAAGCUUAGGGCUUGAAGAAAACUUCAUACAUAAAAGGAUGAAUCUAGACUUGGGAUCCCAGUUGCUGGUUAUCAACUGUUACCCACCAUGUCCUAACCCUGAGCUUGUUAUGGGCCUUCCUGCACACACAGACCAUGGGCUUCUGACCCUCCUAAUGCAAAACGAGCUUGGAGGGCUUCAAAUUCAACAUAAUGGCAAGUGGAUUCCUGUCCACCCCUUACCCAACUCCUUUCUCAUCAACACUGGGGAUCACAUGGAGAUACUGACCAAUGGGAAAUACAAGAGUGUUGUUCAUCGAGCUGUAGCGAACACGAAAGCCACUAGGAUUUCCGUUGGUACAGCACACGGACCCAAGCUUGACACCAUUGUGGGGCCCGCACCAGAGCUUGUUGGCGAUGAUAAUACUGCUUCAUACCGUGCCAUCAAAUACAGUGAUUACAUCGAGCUUCAGCAAAACCAUGAACUCGACGGAAAGUCGUGCUUGGAUCGUAUUCGCAUUUGAAUCAAAUUAAUUAAGCUCCAUGCAUUUCUUGUAUCUGAAUUCUGAACCAUGCUUGUGUUUCAUAUGUAAUUUAAUUUCAGCUUGAAUAUUGAUGUACUUGGAACGUAAUUUCCGCAUGUGUAAUUGAAAAUUUUUAAAUGCAUGCACAAAUCUGCCUUGGAAAAUUAAUAAUUAACUUCAUGAAAAUAAAUUAAUGGUCAUGGAGUUUACGUUAAUU